AUGACUCUGACCAGCAACGGAAAACGCGCCCAGCGAAGGCAGGAGUGUCGCAAAGCCCUUGCAGAGCACAUCUAUGAACGGUUGAGGCUGUCGGUUGCUCCAAGUAGGGUUCGAUUGCGGCCGGCGGCGGAGGACGGCUAUGCCUGGUCUGUAGCGAAAACUAGCGCUCAUCUUUUGGAGACAAGCCUCAGCAAUGGGUCCGUUGGCCUUUACAAGAAUAUCCUGGAGGAACUUGGCCGUACCAUAGAGGCUGUGGAUCCCAAGACUCUGGCCUUGACUGAGCCAGUUACACAGUGGGAUGCGGGCGAAUCGACCCGCGCUGAGUCCUUUACUGCGAUUAUUCAAAAACUCGAGCAAGAGAAUGACCGGUUGGAAAGUGAGCUCGAUCGACAGCGUACCCACAUUGAAGAACUUUUGAGAAGCGAGCAGGAAUGGGUGGCGAAGAGAGGCACAUUGGAGCAGGACCUAAGACAUGGUCAUGGCGUGGCGAUGGACUUGCAAGAAGAACUGAAGUGGACAAAGACCAGCGUGCAAGAGGCAAUCAGGUGUCUUCAACGUUGUCCAGGAGUCGAACUCAUGUCGGAGUAG